CUCCAAUGGCCAAGAGGGAUGCUAUUGCUCAAGAGACAGUAAUUGUCGGCAGGGACGCCAAUGCUCAAGAGUCGGCAAUCAAGGUUAUUCCUAGGGACGCCAAUGCUCAGCAGGCAAAUCCGCCCCCUACUCCAAUGGCCAAGAGGGAUGCUAUUGCUCAGGCCGUAACAACACCAAUUGUUGGAUCCAGCGUCAUUGUCGGCAGGGACGCUAUUGCCCAGGCAGUAACAACACCAAUUGUUGAAGGAAGCGCUAUUGUCGGCAGGGAGGCUAUUGCUCAGCAAACACCAGGUGGAUCAGCUAUCGCCAAAAGGGACGCCAAUGCUCAGCAAACACCAGGCGGAUCAGCUAUCGCCGAAAGGGAGGCUAUUGCUCAGCAAACACCAGGCGGAUCAGCUAUCGCCAAAAGGGAGGCUAUUAGUGCUCGACACACAGCAGCACCGUGGAUUAUUGAUAGCGCAGGAAAGCCUGUCGUUGCCAGGGAGGCUAUUCCUCAAGGGAAUGGAUCAGUUGUCGCCAGGGAGGCUCAGCCUCAAACCAAUGGAUCAGUUAUCGCCAGGGAGGCUCAACCUCAAACCAAUGGAUCCGUUAUCGCCAGGGAGGCUCAACCUCAAACCAAUGGAUCAGUUAUCGCCAGGGAGGCUCAACCUCAAACCAAUGGAUCAGUUAUCGCUAGGGAGGCUCAGCCUCAAACCAAUGGAUCAGUUAUCGCCAGGGAUGCUCAACCUCAGACCAAUGGAUCAGUUAUGGCUAGGGAGGCUCAACCUCAAACCAACGGAUCAGCUAUGGCCAAGAGGGAGGCGAUUGCUCAAGAAAUGAGCAUGACAACUUCGGUUAUUCCCACGGCGACGAUGAGUGGUGGUUCUGAGACGGGCAGUGCGACGUCGACUGCUGAUAGCAGUAGUGCCGCCGAGAGGUUGGUUGGAAGUGGGGCAGGCUUGGGCCUGAUGAUCGGGACUUUGGCAUGUGUGGUUGGGGCGGUGAUGCUGUGAGCACAAGUCCAGAUCUUGGGUACUGACUUGACUGAUAUUCCAUACCGAAAUGGGCUAGGAGCUAGGAGCAUAGGCGUGCGUGGAGUGUGUGGUGUGUGUGUAUGUGUGGAGUUGCCGGGAUGAUGUGACGAAACAAGUGGAGGCAGUGGGGAGGCUUGGAUGUUGGUGGUCGAUUUUCCUUUUUUGUACCUGAUUUUGAUUGAUUGGAUUGGUUUUGUUGCCAAUUGGCAAAAUAGGUAUAGAGAGGGUCGGUGUUUGUUUCUCUCGUUGAAACACCUGACAGAUGGAGAAGAGGGGUGUAGAUACAUAGCUAUGUAUUUACCUAAGGUAGCUAGCUAGGCACACUGUCGUUUUAGGGCGCCAAUUUGA